GACACGAGCACGUGCUGCAGGACGGGAUUUAUCACCUGAAAGAAGCACAUCUCACCAACAUCCCAGACUCGGCUCGUCUCUCGGCUCGUCUCUCGGCUCGUCUCUCGGCUCGUCUCUCGGCUCGUCUCUCGGCCCCAGAAGGUGAAGCGUCAUGGGGAAGCACAACAGCAAACUGGCCCCCGAAGUCCUGGACGACCUGACCAAGAGCACGGAGUUCAACGAGGCCGAGCUGAAGCAGUGGUACAAGGGCUUCCUCAAAGACUGUCCCUCCGGAAUCCUCAACCUCGACGAGUUUCAGCAGCUCUACGUGAAGUUUUUCCCAUACGGCGACGCCACAAAGUUUGCUCAGCACGCCUUCCGAACGUUUGACAAGAACGGCGACGGGACCAUCGACUUCCGGGAGUUCAUCUGCGCUCUGUCCAUCACCUCUAGGGGGAGCUUCGAACAGAAACUCAACUGGGCCUUUAACAUGUACGACCUGGAUGGGGACGGCAAGAUCACACGUAUGGAGAUGCUGGAGAUCAUUGAGGCCAUUUACAAGAUGGUGGGCACAGUGAUCAUGAUGCGUAUGAACGAGGACGGCCUGACCCCGCAGCAGCGCGUCGACAAGAUCUUCUCCAGAAUGGACAGAGACAACGACGACGAGAUCACACUGGAGGAGUUCAAAGAGGCGGCCAAGGCUGACCCCUCCAUCGUCCUGCUGCUACAGUGUGAGAUGCAGAAGUAG